AUGGCUCGUUUGAUUAGUAUGAGAGUAUGGCUUCUUUUUGCGCUAAUGUUGCUUUUGGCAACAUCUACACCUGCGGUCUAUGCCCAAGAGGGUGAAGCAGUUAUGGAGGAGGCCAUUGAGGACCUUGAUGAUGGAGCAGCUGCCGCCGAAGCCGCUGCUGCAGAAGCCGCCGAAGCCGCCCGUAUUGCUAAGGAAAAGGCAGAACGCAAAGCUGCCGAAGAAGCCGCAGAAGCCGCCCGUGUUGCUGAAGAGGCACGAGUUGCAGCUGAAGCAGAGGCAAAAAAGGCAGCUGAAGAAGCAGCUGCAGCAGCCGCUGCGGCCGCAAAGGAAGCCGAAAGUGCUAUUGCUAAGCUAAAGACAAAGAUCGCUAGCGCUAAAGAUUCCGUGAUAACUGGAACCAAGUCGGCAGUAGACAAGGUGAAAGGACUAUCAAGUUCCCAAAAGAAGAAAGCUGCCGCCACCGUUGUUGGUGUCUGGGGUGGGCUAGCUGCCGUGGGCUGGGUCGCUAACAGUGCGGGAAGCACUCCGCCACCAAAACCUGUUAAGAAGGGAUUUGUGAUUGGAAAGAAGUAA